UACUACUUGAGGCGCUGAUUUUUUUUUUUUGAGAUCCCACUUGAGGCGCUGAUUGGAGGCGAAUCGUCCCCGAGAAGACGCUGCACCGUAUCACUCUCAAGUGAGAAAUCCAUUCUCCCGGGCCCGCCGUCGCGGGGCUGAUUACCCUUGCCCCACGGCGCUGCAGCCAGCGGAUGCGAUCGCACGACCCAUUCGCCACGAUGCAUCUCCUUGCUCUCCGCAUCAAUAAUCCCACCGUCGUUACGUAACGUGCACCACUCUGCGUAUGCAACAAACAAAUACGAUGCCGGUCAGUGUACACGUUCAAGUGCCAAUUCGUGAGUAAUCAUAGAGGCGGAGAGCAUCCAAAUAUUCCGGCUCGCCGUUCACACACCAGCGCUGGACGGGCACGGCGAGAGGAGCGAGUCUCGCCAGGGGACAAGGGAGGGAGGCGCACGCGGAGCACAGGACAAAGACAAAGCCGUGACAUUUCUACGGGGCCUCGGGAGCAGAAACCGAGGGGGGAAACAGACACUUCAGUCUCCCCGAGCAACUGGCCCCUCCUCUCUUCGUCUUCCUCUCACAAGGCUAGCCUAGCCAGCAGCAAUGGCUAGAGCACCGCUGCUGCUGCUGCUUGUUCCUCUUCUCGCGGCGGUGUGCCUCGCGUCCUUGGCCCCCGGCGCCAAUGCGGCGGGGAGGAAGAUGGUCGGCGUCUACGAGCUCAGCAUGGGAGAUUUCUCUGCCAAGGUCACCAACUGGGGCGCCACCGUCACGUCCGUCGUCUUUCCGGAUUCCAAAGGGAAUUUGGGCGAUGUUGUCCUUGGCUAUGACACCAUCGCUGAAUAUGUUAACGGAUCCAGUUACUUUGGAGCGCUUGUUGGACGAGUAGCCAACAGGGUGGCCAAGGCGCGCUUCGUGCUCGAUGGAAAAGUCUACCACCUAUAUGCCAACGAUGGCAAGAACGCACUUCAUGGCGGUCAUAGGGGCUUCAGCAAAGUUAUAUGGACGGUGAAGGAAUAUGUCAGUGGUGGUGACUCCCCACACAUCACGCUGUACUAUCAUAGCUUCGACGGAGAGCAAGGGUUUCCCGGGGCCCUGGACGUGUACGUGACGUACGAGCUGUCGAGCCCGUACGUGCUGAGCGUGCGCAUGAACGCGACGGCGCUGGACAAGGCCACCCCGGUGAACCUGGCGCAGCACACGUACUGGAACCUGGGCGGGGAGGGCAGCGGCGACGUCCUGGGCAACACGGUCCAGCUCUUCGCGUCCCGGUACACGCCCGUGGACGCGACGCUCAUCCCCACGGGGCAGCUGGCGCCCGUGGCCGGCACGCCCUAUGACCUCCUGGCGCCGACCUCCGUGCGCGAGCACCUCCGCCAGGUCGUGGGCGGCAGCAGCAACGGCAGCACCAUCUACGGCUACGACAUCAACUACGUGGUCGACGGGGACGCGCGCGCGCUGCGCAAGGUGGCGGCCGUCCGGGACGGCGCGUCCGGGCGCGCGCUGGAGCUGUGGGCGGACCAGCCCGGGGUGCAGUUCUACACCGGCAACUUCCUCCAGGACGUCAAGGGGAAGGGCGGCAAGACGUACGGGCAGUACGGCGCGCUGUGCCUCGAGACGCAGGGGUUCCCCGACGCCGUGAACCACCCCGACUUCCCGUCGCAGAUUGUGAGGCCUGGCCAGGCGGCGUACAAGCAUGACAUGGUGUUCAAGUUCUCCUUCUAGCUAGAGCUGGUCGACCCAAGGAUGGGCACCGCUGUUUAGGCACCUUCAGUCGAGUGACCGGUCUCCUGAUGUUCUGACUCUUUUGGUGUCGGUACUUGGUAGGAAGAUCAGCAAUAAUACUCUCGGGUACAAGGCUAUUUUUGCACUGAAAACUGAGAAAUUUAUGGGA